GUCAUAUUGUCAAUCGUGUUUUGUAAUUUUGAUUUGUUUUGGCGGGCGUUCACAAAAGUAAAGAUUUGCUAUGGAUCCAAGCAAAGUAUUUGCGAAAAUAAAAGAGCUUGGACAUGUAAAUGCCAAACGCGAAGAGCUACGUGAAUACUGCCAACUUAAAAUCGAACAGAUAUUAAAGUUUCUGCCUCGACGUAUUGUAAGCAGUGAUGGCGGGGAUCUUCUCAAUUGUAUAUUCAAUGGAUUUCCAGAUACUGCUUGCAAAAACAAAGUUAAGGUUGUUGACAUAGUACUCCAGACCAUGAGAAAGGAGUCCACAUCACUCACUCAUUGCGGAGAUGUUACAAGCCGACUUUGCCUGGAGCUACCGAGGUUGCCCGUAGAUGAUCUAGUGAGAUGGUCCAGUGACUGUGUGCAGUCUAUUGUCAAUGAUAGUGAUGUUAAUAUGAUUUGGCGAGAUGUCCUACCAGAAUGCAUCAACGCCAUAUGCUCGUAUGACAUGAUAAAGCACUGCGGGUCAGAGCUAACUACCACAGAGUAUAAAGAGCAGUGCAUCCACACUCUAUGCCAGUGUCGCUGGACUGAGCGCCAGCUUGUGCAACUGGCUGCUAUGUUCAAGGAUAUGCAGCUAUCGCGCAAUGACCACAAGCAGGUCGUGAAUAAGAUAUGUUCUUAUAUCAUAGACAUACCGCCAGACACCCUGCCUCCUCUAGUUCAUCAGUUACUCAAACUGUGCAAGACGUACCACUUGGAGCUGGUGCUGUCACACCUGAGCCACUACUUCAGCGUGCGGCUGUACAGCAAGCUGGAGCCGCCGCCGCAGGACUCCGAGUCCACCACCAUCGAUAUUGAUGACAUUGUGCCCCACAGUUCAGCAGAACUGAGCCGCUGUCUAUCCACCUGCAUCUACCACAUAUCGCAAGGUGCUGCCGACCCCGAGCUGGUCCGCAAGCAUAUCAGGCUGUGGCCGAAGACACAACUGCUGAGGGCUCCAUUCAUCAUAGACCUGGCGUUAGCUAUGUCUGAUAAGGGUGCUGAUUUUAGAUCUGUUUGUUUGGAUGUAAUAAGAACAACGCUAGAACAUCGCGCGAUGGAUGACCUGAGAGCGAAGGAGAGCGCGUGGGUCCGCGCCGUCACGCCGCCCGACGUCGACGUCGUCAGUGUACUCAAACUUAUCACUACUGAGAGUGCCAACCACAGACAGCUAACCGUAGUUGGUCUCAUCAACCUUGCGUUCCUCCUUCUCUCCGUCUCCCGUCUCAAGCCUGUCGCCCAAACGUGCUGGUCACACGGCAAGCUGAUCCUGGUGCGGCUCAGCAAGGCACAGCCGGAGACAGCGGGCCACAUACUGAGCCAGCUGGCCGACAAGCUGUGCAGCGAUACUACGCAGCGCCAGUAUGCAGACUGCCUCUACGUCCUCUGCAAGUUGACCCCCGUGUCAGUGGAGCGCUGUACUCAAUUGGGCACGAUACUCGAGAACUGCCAGCCGUCACCUACAGACUACAGGGCUGCAGCAUCAGUCCUGGAUGCCGUACAUCCACUCCUCAACUUCAGUACGAGGACCAGAGAUACCUUGGUUAUGGUGUGCCGGAAAGGACUUUAUUCUAGGGACUCCCAACACCGUUGCCUUGCGCUAUCAGGCUUCCUGUCAGUGCUGCGUCACGUGCGCGUGAGUGCCUCAGUGACUAGCAGUCAGAGCUACAGUGAUCAGUACAGCGCACACUCCUACCUCACUCAGCUCACCGUGGAUUUGCAUGCUACGCAUCAGGGGAAUGUUGUAACAUCACGAGUGCGGAACGAGGCGAUGUGUAUGGAGGUGGUGUCCAUACUGCGACGAUGUCUUGUACAGGACGCGCUCGUCAAACAGUUGCUUUAUACCAAAAUCUACGAGUGCGCGAAAGACAAGCAGUCGCUCCACGAGUCUAUCUUGGAGCUGCUGUAUGAGCACCUGAGCAAGUUCCUGCCCGAGGGCGACAGAGUAUCCUCCUUGCUGCUCAACAAGUGUGUGCAGAUUAAUGGCGUUACUGCUGUAUUAACUGAGCCCAUAGCCCAUCUUCUCUACGCCGUCGCCCAGUUCAUCCAACCUGGUGAGGAGGAGGAUCUGGAAGACAUCCUCGCCAGCCAGUCCGUGGAGACAGGCACAGCUUACCUGAAGAGUAAGCUGGGCAGGAUACUGCAGCAGCUGUGUGAUGCUGACCAGUUCUUUAGUGUUGAUUUGGAAGAUUCCAGCCUCAGUGACAUAACAUCAGAAUCCAAAGCAAAAUGCCUGAAAGUGCAGCAAAUGCUACAAUGUUACGAAACUCUGAUAGGUCAUACGAUCAUGCAGUGGAGUACCACUAGUAAAGAUGUGGCUAAUAAGGUGUAUAAGCUGUUUAAAGCGAGUAAUCAGCUAUUGGAACAGACUAAGGUAGUACCAAAAGCAAAUAAAAAAGGGAACAAAUCUCUAAACGAGACUAGAGAGACAGUAAAAUCUCAGAAGAGUCAGAAAUCACAGAAGUCACAGAAGGAGAAGGGCAAAGCUCCCGUCAAGUUGUCCAACUUAGUCAAGGAUAAGGCGGGGCCUUUCAAACCUCUGCCGUGUUUGUGGGACACCAAGAUGUGCUAUAGGGUCAUUGAACUUUUGUAUGGGGAUAACGUACCAUGGUCCUCAUUAGACCAGCGCAAUCAACUCCGUGCUCGCCGCGACUUUCACAUUUGGGCACUGCGAUGCAUCCACUCAGUGCUACUCAGCGAUCACUUGGAGAAGAAGGCUGUAGCCACGCACGUGGUCAGCAUAGCCACUGUCCUGUACAACUGCUGUGUCCGUAGGUUUCAAGAUAUGUGUGAGUUCGACGAUCAGACCGCGGUGGCAUGUUUGGAAGUGUUCAAGACUUGUCUCACUCUGCUGUUCUCGCCUCUCUACUCGCUCAAGAUGGACUCUUUCUUGACGUCUAUAACGGAUAACACCGACAAGACAGGAGCAGAAUGCCUAUCAAUAAUUCUAGAAAACAUCCACGUGGCCUUCCUACAUAUAGAAGAGGAUAGUAUUCCUGAUGAGAGAGAUGUUAUAGUGAAGAAACAGCUCGGGGUACUCAUACAGAUAGCCUCGUUGUUGUUGGAGACACCUACUGUUUCUUGCCCGCAGAAGACUAGGAUCUUAGUAAAACUAGAAGACUACAUCCGUACCAGCAAGCAAGACUGUCUCCCACUAAUAGGACCGUUGCUGACGUCAUCGUACAGUGAACAGCAAGAAGCCACGCUAUUGGACGAGUUGAUCGCUAAACUGUCCUGUGCUUUGGGGAGGAUUGAUGAAGAAGACACAUCAGCAGGCGAGGACACGAACAGCUUCUUCACGAUAGACGCCCGCACUGGACAUACAGUACUCACCACUAUAUGCGACCACUUGGCCGUCAGGGCUAAAGGCGUGGAACAUUUGUUGGGAAGAGCAAGGGAUCUUACGGUCGCUGUGAACACUGCUGCUCAUGCUGCUCAGCAGAGGAUUGAAAGAGAAAUAACAGAAGUAUACAAGUCAAUUAUAGUGCAGCUAUGCCAGAUAACUACAUGGACAGCUUCAUGCUGCAAGCUGCGGUGCUGCGUGGGCGGCGGCAGCGGGCGCGUGCUGGGCGGCGCCGUGCGGCUGUACGUGCUGCUGGCCACCCUCGCCAAGCAGGCCGAGCCCGCUCCCGCUGCUGCUGUGCGAUUCGAGCGCCUCCUGAAACUAAGCGGCAAGAAGCUGUCAACAGUAAUGGACAACUUGAUCACGUACUUAGAGGCGUCGCAACAACAGCAGAACGCGAGCAAAGUGCUGCGAGAGACUAAGCUUAUACCGCGGCUUGUGUUGGAGGCUGAGAACUUUAGUAAACGGGUUAUAUUGCUCGCUAAUAAGGCCAAGUUAAACUGGCAUCAAUACCUAUCCCUGGGUACUGCCCGCGACUUCAGGAUCAAAGGUCCCGCGUUACAAGAAGCUCUUAAUGCUAUUGACCAGGCUGAUGAGACGAGAAACGAAGAUGAAGCAGAAAUAAACGAUGCUGAGACGGAAAUAAUAGAAACUGUGAGUGAUGCAGAAAUAGAGGAGGCUGAGGAUAUUAGUGAUGAAGCUUCUAGAAGGAAGAGGAGAAGAGUAUCGUGAAUACAAUACAUAAAUAAUGUACAUUUUAUUAAUAAAUACUCAUGUUAUUUUUA